GGACGAUGCGUUUCUGUUCCGGCUACAUCUGCUCAGUCCAGCCGGAAGUGCAGCUCUAUUAAUCCUGAAGUAUUAAUCCUUCUUUACCUGGAGGCAGAAGAGGCGAUAUUAGUUUGCUGCGGUCACGGGGAAACGCGUUUGCGCGCCCCGUCUGAUGGAUGCGUCGUGUUAGUGCGCGGCAGGCGGUUAAUGCGGGGUCAAACACACUUCGUCGACUUCCUGCAAGUUGGGCUUAUUGUUGUUUUCUUGCGCUGAAGCGUUGAGGUCUGUGCGACUCAAACCUGCAAUGGGAUGCUGCGGUAGCGCAGAGAGGGUGAAAAGAGAAUGGAAACCCUUGGAGGACCGAUGCUGCACAGAUCUCCCAUGGUUCCUUCUAUUUAUGCUCUUCUGUGGGGGAAUGGGUGCUAUCUGUGGCUACACCAUAGUGACAGGUGGUGCAGCACGCCUGGUCUUUGGAUAUGACAGCUACGGUAACACUUGUGGCCAGAGGAAUGAGGCCAUAGAAGGGGUCAAGCUCAGCGGCUUGGACCACCGAGACAGAAAAUAUGUGUUCUUCCUGGACCCAUGCAACUUAGACAUAAUUCAACGGAAGAUUAAAUCAAUGGCACUGUGCGUGGCACAGUGUCCUCCCGAAGAGAUGAAAACCUAUGACGAUAUACGGAGAUUUGGUAUGAUCAAUGGCUCAGAGCUCUGCUCCUAUGAGCUGGCUGCCCAUAAGUACCCAAGCCUUCCAGAGCGCUUUGACAAAUGUCCUAAACUUCCAGUUCCACAGAGUAAAGCUCUGCCAGUGUUUAGCCGCUGCACGCCCGUGGAUAUUUCCUGCUAUUCUAAGUUUGCAGAGGCGGUGGUGACGUUUGUCAGUGAUAACACCAUACUCCACAGACUUAUCGCUGGGGUGGUGGCCAGUAAAGAGAUCAUUGCGGGGCUUUGCCUGCUAGCUCUUGUGCUCUCCAUGAUCCUGAUGGUGAUUAUUCGCUAUAUCUCUGCAGUCCUGGUGUGGAUUCUCACUGUUCUUGUGGUGCUUGGCUCACUAGGAGGCACCAGCUUUCUGUGGUGGUUAUAUAUAGACCACAGGCUGAAGGCGAACGAGACUGUGGUUACAGAUUUAAAGGAAGCAAAAGAAACAAAUGAAGAAACCAUUGCUUCCAAAGACGACGUUCAUGGACUGCUGGUCUACGCUACUUCAGCAACUGUGUUCACGGUGAUCUUACUGUUGCUGAUGCUGUUCAUGAGGAAGCGAGUGGCUCUGACCAUCGCUCUGUUCCAUGUGGCCGGGAAGGUGUUCAUUCACUUGCCGCUGCUGGUGCUGCAGCCUUUCUGCACCUUUCUCGCCCUUUUUCUCUUCUGGGUCUACUGGAUCCUAGUACUCCUUUUCCUCGGAACAACUGGGAACCCAGAGAAGAGCGAGCAGACAGGACUGACUGAGUUCCGACUGAGCGGCCCACUGCAGUACUUCACCUGGUACCAUGCCGUGGGUCUCAUCUGGAUAAGUGAGUUCAUCCUGGCCUGUCAGCAGAUGACUGUAGCUGGAGCUGUGGUCACAUACUACUUUACCAGGGACAAGAACAAGCUCCCUUUGACGCCCAUCCUGUCAUCUGUGUUUCGUUUGAUCCGUUACCACCUGGGUACCGUGGCCAAGGGCUCCUUCAUUAUAACCCUGGUCAAGAUCCCACGCCUCAUCCUCAUCUACAUCCGUAAUCAGCUCAAAGGAAAGGAGAAUGCAUGCGCACGCUGUAUGCUGAAGGCGUGUAUUUGUUGCCUAUGGUGUCUGGAGAAGUGCCUCAAUUAUCUAAAUCAGAAUGCGUAUGCAGCGACGGCCAUCAAUGGCACCAGUUUCUGCACGUCGGCACGUGAUGCAUUUGUGAUCCUGGUGGAAAACGCUCUGAGGGUGGCAGCCAUCAACACCGUGGGAGACUUUGUGCUUUUUCUGGGCAAGGUCCUGAUUGUAACAUGUACAGCGUUUGCAGGAGUGUUGGCUCUAAACUAUCAGAGGGACUACGCAGAGUGGGUACUGCCGCUCAUCAUCGUGUGCCUGUUCGCCUUUCUGGUGGCCCACUGCUUCCUGUCCAUCUUUGAGAUCGUUGUGGACGUGCUGUUUCUAUGCUUCGCCAUCGACACCAAAUACAAUGACGGCACAUCUGGCAAAGAGUUCUUUAUGGACAAAGCCCUUAUGGAGUUUGUUGAGAACAGCCGGAGGUCGGUGGCGCCGGCAGAGCGCGGACGGAGCAGCAAGCGAUCUCGCUCUCGACUGGAUUCGGGACUGACUGAGAUGAAGGCCAUGGCUCCUGGAACAAGUUCAGCUUGACCAAAAGCCGGACAUGGGACUUUUUAAAGACAUUCCAAAAUGUUUAUUUUUACCAAUGUGUAACAUGUUUACUAUGGUUUCACUCCAGGGAAUACAAUAUUUUAAUAAGAAACUGUAAAAAAAAGAAAUAACAAUGUAAUGAAGCACUUUAUAUUGAAGCGCUGCAUAUUUUAAAAGGCUGAUGCAUUUUUCGUAGUGAUGUCCUUUUUUAUAAGACUAAAAACAAUUGCCAUCUAGUAAAACACAGUAUUAAUAAUGUCUAGAAUCACUGUUUUUAUUAUGUAUAACUUUCAUAACAGAGUUUUUUUUUUUUCGUUUUUCUUAAAUGGGUUUCUUGAAGUUUGGUAGAAACCUUCGUGUCAUGCAGCAAUGAAGGAAUUAAUUGUUGUUGUUGUUUUUUUAGUUGUUUUAACUCCUAACACUGAAGCAUCUCUACAUCAUUUGUUCUUAUUGAUAUUUCUAUUACACCCAGUUACAUUAUGGAUGUGCAUUUGGGAGGAAGAUUGGCGUUUUUGUUUUGUUUUGUUUUGUGCCUCAGUGUUAAAGCAUCAAUCUCCUCCAAACCCCCCUGCCCCAAAACAAAACAAAAAUGUUUAGACUGAUUUUAGAUCUGAUUGUUUAUACAUAUGGAAGGGAAUUGCUUUACCCUUAACUUUAUUCCUGACAGGAUGAAACCUAAAGAUUUAAACAUCUAAAUGAAAUUUGUUUGACUCUUUCAGGCUAGUGACAGCUGUUGUGUAAAGAGUGUUACUGGGCCUUUUGUUUGUUUGUUUGUUUUUAGCUAAAUGUUAAGCUAUAUACAAGGCUUUGUUUGAGAUUAUGUACUGAUGCUAAUUAGGUAUUAAAUGCAAACACUGAAUUAGCGUUUAGGCUGUGAGAGGCUGGAUACGUAACAACCAGGAUCAUGAUGGCCAUCUUUGUAUAGUUUUUUAACCCUAACAUAUUUCCAGUCUUUAGCUAUGGCAUCAUAUAACCCUCCAGGCUUAGAUUUACAUUUUGAGUGCUGAUUUUAAAUCAGAUUGCUAGCAUAUUUCUAUACUGACCCAAUCCUAGAUUUAUGCUCCUAACGUUUGUCAAAUAGGACUUGGUUUCCUGAAUGUGUCCAAGUACAAAACUUGUUUUUGAUGAUCCUAUUGUAAAUGAAUGGCUCUCACAUGUACAUAACAGUGUGGUGCUUUUGGGACACCAGGCCCUGGUCUCUCCUUAAACACAGGGUGAUUUUUGUAGUCCCUCCUUCAACCUAUGGGAAGAGAAAUUCAGAAAAUCUUUGCAUGUGAAAUUUUUUUUUUUAACUCAUCAACUCUGAGCAGUAUUAAUCUGAAUGUGAGUCCACUAUUAUCAUUUGCACACACUGCAUCCCGUGGAGAGUCUGGGUGCUUUGAAUCCGUGUGGUGCGUGAGUGAGUGUCCACUUUUACUCCUGAAGCAAACUCAAGUCUUCCUACUUGCACUACUUUUUUUGUUGUUGUUUUUUUUUUUGUUUUGUUGUUUUUGGGAGGCAUCCCUGUGAUACCGACUGACUUGGAGAGGAGAGGCACACAAAAACUCGCACCUUGCCUUAACCCAUUCAGCAUGCAGCACAUCCUGCUGGAUAUAAGUGGUUGGUUACAGUAUUUUUGCAGUACAGUAUGACCUUCAGCUGCAGAGAGCCUGUAAGCCUUAAACCAGUUCAAGCUUUCCAUAACAUUUUCGGUAUCUAAUCAGCAGUGAAACUACAAGCGAGUUGUUUAUGUACAGCAUGUGAACAGAAGGAGUCAAGAUUUUACUAAUUGUUUUGAAUUUUUAAUCUUUAUUAAAGGAGCGUUUGGAGGAUUUUAGCCAACAUUUGCUAGGUGUUUAGGAGCUGGAACAAGGGAACUUGUGGUCAUGAGGCGAGCUGGUGACUUUUAGAGAUGGUGCACAGUAGAUUCACCUUUAGUAAACAGCUCGACCUUAAAAUCUAAGAAAUCGUAAUCUGAUAAGCAAUUAACAUGAUGUGAAAGUGUCAGCAGUUCCAUCUUAAUGCUGGUAUUAUUUCACAUUUAUAAAUGUGUGAAGCGGUUAUGAUUAUAGUGGUGCUUCGUUUUACCACUUAGACUUGUGGACCAGGAUGCAGAAACAAUGAGAUUUGAUGCAGGAAAUGCAAACACAUACUUAUCUUCUUUAAACAUUCUUUCUUGUCACUGAUUUUUCACUGAGUGCAUUAUGUUGUCUCUUUACUAAUCAGACCAGACAAAAUAAAAUAAUUACAAAAACAAUAAAUGGCUUAAUGUCUAUAGCCCUGUAGCUACUCUGAUGAGCUGCUUUCAGUGAAAUUAUUAACAUAAAGUAUGUGUGAUUGGAUAAAACAACAGAUGGUCUGCAAUAGAAGAUUCAUGCUACAGUAUUUUUCCAAAAGUGUUAUCUGUAAUCUUCAUGAGGAUUAUACUAUACGAAAAAAUACUUCUGAAACCUGAGAUGAGAGUAUUUGUUGCUUUUUAACCUCCACUGUCUCCCAAAGCCUUAACAGCAAAGUAAAAGUUCCUGAAUAUCCAACAUAAACUGUAUUUGUUAGUUCUAAUAAAUUGCAUAUAAAAACGUUUCAUCUAAAACACUGAUCACUUUUGAUCAGUCUGAGAAAUGUUGGCUAAUUUCCGAAUAUAGUAACAAUUCCUUUAUGAUGGAUUUAGAGUGUAUAUGAAAUAUCUGUACAGUAUAUAUGAACGUGUAAGGAUACAUGCUGACUGAUAACAGAAUGUCCAUUUUAGAAAAGGGAAUCUUAAAGUGUGUUGUGGUCUUCGGUUUGUUUGUAUUUGUGUGUUAUUCCAGGUCUCACAUUAGAGAGGAACAUGGGAUGUUAUAUAGUGGAUGGUAUCUUGAACAUACCUAAAAGUUUGAUAAGUGAAAAAAAAAAGAAAAAUUCCUAUUUGUUACAGACACCAGUCUUAUGGUUAAAGCAUGUUAAGAAUUGCACUAAGUACUCAUUUUAACACAGAUAGAAUAUGUGUGGAGAAAAAAAAGGAUUUCUAUUUAAAACGAUUAUGAACAUUUUAUUCUGCUAAUUUAUUUUCAAAUGCUUGAAAAAAAUUCAAAAUAUUUUAGAAAUAGUGAUGAAAUUGGAAUUAAUGUUAAUGUGAGCAUUAUUGACCGCCAAGGUGAAAUGUACGCUUUUAGCAGAUGUUGCCCUUUACUGACUUGAAUAAACGCCGAGUUGCGUUUUCUGAAUCUGCUCUGAUUGGGGACGGACUGAGUGAGACAAGCUGAUCUGUGAUCUUGAGGCAUUGCUGAGGAACAGCAGGGACUGGCUAUCUGCUCGACCCCAACUUUGCCAAAUGGUGCACAAUGUAAAAUUCAGAUGACGUGCACAAAAGAUGUAUUGUUCAAACUGCUUGUUUUGGUAUUUAGUUGAGUCCUUGUUUUUCCUCUUUCUCUCUCAAUCAGUGUGGCGGCUGGGCAGCUGGCAUGUGGCAUGUUCAGGCCUGUCUCUGUUGGGUAGGGAGCUGUAGAGAUGCUCUGCUUAUAGUCAGAGCCAAACUAGUAAUGUCCAUAUACACAAUACGCACACACACGCACACAGAUAUACACACUGACACAUGCACAUAUAAACACACAUAUACAACCUGCAUGCUCCCAGUCUGGGCUUUUUCUAACUCUUUAAAACAAUGAGCCAUUUUUGUAGGAUGUGAAUUGUUUGGCGUUAGGAUCCAUGUGACUUAAACACUGACACUUCUAGAAGAAUAGCUUUAUUCAGUAACAAGCCACUGUUUUUCUGUUGUCGAGAUGUGAGUGUGUUUCUCCUCUUCAUUGCGGGAAACUGCGCUUCUGUUCCCGCCCCUGUGGAGAAAUAGGCCGUUUCUGUGUGAAGAAUACUGUUAUCAAUAGGCAAUACAUCAGUUUCCUUGUCUGGUGUAACACUAGCUCUUAGCUUUUACCUGCAGUAUAGUUGUUUGUAACAUUGAAUUAAGGUUUUUUUGUUUUGUUUUGUUUAAUUUUUUUUUAUAUUCAUAUGUAUCUUGUUUUUUAAAGUAAUAAAAUGGAAAAUUUUAAA